UCUGAAGUGUCUUCCUUUCCGCCACGGGCUAGGAAAACCGGCGCCCUGCCUCAGCCUGGCGCCACAACGCCACUUCAGUGGAACUCCCAUUUGGCCUUGUCACCACUCUAAGCAAAGCCUGUCCAUCUCAGUGAUUCGGAGGAGGAAGUUGUGAGCAAGUUUUGCACCGCUCCCAGAGGGCGUUCCGGCUAUAACUUCCGAAGCUCUAUUGUUUCCAGAACGGCUCUCUCGACGAUUCUUCUCUAUGGCUCCGCGCCGCCGGAGCCGGAGGGCGGCAGGAGCAGUGAGCCUUUGAACGGGGCGGCCGGGGCGGCCGGGACGGCCGGGGGCCGAGGUGGAGCCGAUGGAGCCCGAGAUGGAGGCAGAGACGUUGGAGUCCAGGAUUAAUAGAGCUACAAAUCCUCUAAAUAAGGACUUGGAAUGGGACAACAUCAAUGCUUUUUGUGACCAGCUGAACAAGGAAUUAGAGGGCCCACCUCUAGCAACCCGGCUCCUAGCCCACAAGAUCCAGUCUCCACAAGAAUGGGAAGCCAUUCAGGCUCUCACGGUGCUAGAGGCCUGUAUGAAAAACUGUGGCAAGCGCUUUCAUGAUGAAGUUGGCAAGUUUCGGUUCCUUAAUGAGCUCAUCAAGGUUGUGUCACCAAAGUAUUUAGGAAACAGAACUCCAGAGAAAGUGAAAUCCAAAAUCUUGGAACUGAUGUAUAGCUGGACAUUGGGUCUGCCCCAUGAAGUGAAAAUUACAGAAGCAUAUCAGAUGUUGAAAAAACAAGGGAUUGUAAAAUGUGACCCCAAGUUGCCAGAUGAUGCACCUUUCCCUCCACCUCCUCCUAGGCCAAAGAAUGCAAUCUUUGAUGAUGAAGAGAAAUCCAAGAUGCUGGCCCGCCUGCUCAAAAGUUCCCAUCCUGAAGAUCUCCGAGCUGCCAACAAACUCAUCAAAGAGAUGGUUCAAGAGGACCAAAAGCGAAUGGAGAAGAUCUCCAAGAGAGUGCAUGCCAUUGAAGAAGUGAAUAACAAUGUGAAACUGCUGACUGAGAUGGUGACUAACUACAGCAGUGGAGAGAUGACGGAGAGCAGCGAGGACCUCAUGAAAGAACUGUAUCAGCGCUGUGAGCGCAUGAGGCCCAUGCUUUUCAGGCUUGCUAGUGACACGGAGGACAAUGAUGAAGCACUGGCUGAAAUUUUGCAAGCUAAUGACAACCUAACACAAGUGAUCAAUUUGUACAAGCAGCUUGUGAAAGGAGAAGAGAUCAAUGGUGAAACUAUGGCGGGUUCUCUCCAAGGUAGCACUUCUGCACUUCUGGAUCUGUCAGGGCUGGAUGUGCCAGCUGCAAGCCCUGCCUACCCAGCCAUACCAACUUUCUCAGGCAGUAGCUCAGCGACUGUGCCAGAGCAAUGCAGCUCUGUCUCUUUGUUGGAUGAUGAGCUCAUGUCACUAGGGCUUACUGAUCAAGCAACUUCCUCAGUCCAAGGUGCAGAGCACAGUGGGUGGAAUAGUUUCCAGUCAUCUGAGAGCCCUGAAGUCAGUGUCCCUUCAGGACCACCAGCUCCAGGGGGGAAAGUGGAUGCUGGACUGCCCGCAUCUCCUGCUUCCUCUAGUGGUAUGGAUGAUCUGGAUCUGCUGGGCAAGACUCUGCUACAACAGUCUCUUCCCCCAGAAUCUCUUCAAGUCAGAUGGGAGAAGCAGCCACCUCCUCGGUUAACACUGCGUGAUCUCCAAAACAAAAGCACUUCCAGCCCAUCUCUGAGCACUAAUAGCACUCAAACUUUCUUCCCAAAUCUCUCUUCAAAUCCUGCUGUCACCCUGCCCUUGGAAAAAACAGCACCUGUUUUGGCCCCUCAAGGGUCGCCAACUCUCUCUGGAACUGCAAGCCUUCCAACAGGUCUCCCAGCUUCCACAUCCCCCCUAGAGUUCUCACUGAUGAAUGUCACUGUGCCUCUGGAAUCUAUCAAGCCAAGCAACAUCCUCCCAGUGACUGUGUAUGACCAGCAUGGUUUCCGUGUCCUCUUUCACUUUGCCAAGGACUCUCUGCCUGACCGGCCUGAUGUACUAGUGGUGGUCAUCUCUAUGCUGAGCACAGCCCCUCUGCCCAUUAGGAACAUCAUCUUUCAGUCUGCUGUCCCCAAGAUGAUGAAAGUGAAAUUGCAGCCACCCUCAGGGACAGAGCUCCCACCAUUCAACCCAAUAGUGCCCCCUACAGCAAUCACCCAGGUCCUCCUGCUUGCAAAUCCACAAAAGGAGAAAGUGAGACUACGUUACAAGCUGACCUUCACCAUGGCAGAUCAGACUUACAAUGAAAUGGGAGACGUGGACCAGUUCCCCCCUCCAGAAUCAUGGGGAAAUCUCUAGUGCCAUGGCCAGUGUGCGGUGUCACAUUUCUAAAGAUUCUGCCUUGCUUUGGACCAGAGCCUUCCCAGGAUUGGCUGCUCUUUGGACUCUGCUUUCAGACUGCAAUGGCAGGCACAGGAGGAUGAGAGGCAGAGAAGAACACGAGGGGAUGCCUGUCUUGGGGUUGGUGGGACAAGAAUGAUUGAGUCGCUGUCUGUUCUUACUUGAUUUCGGGGUCGCUUAUCCUCAUCUUGUUGUCUCACGUUAUGCUUUUCCUUCAGUGGAAUAGUAAUAUCAGCACAGAUGAGCUUUGAAGAGACACUUUAGAUCUUCCUUGCAGCCUCCCCUUCUGCUGAAGUAGUAUUGGACCUUACAGUUUCCCAUCAUUCAUCUCUUCCACUUCUGCACAAGCAACCCUGACACGUUCGGGUUAAUAGAUCGAUUCUGUUUCUUUUUGCUGCAACACCAAGGCUUGAUGGGGCAAAGUAUUUUGUCACAGGAGAACUAGUUGGCCCAUUUAAAGCUUUGUGAGUUAAACAUCUUUAGGACUACAGGGUAGUUGUUUCUGUUUUGCUAGAUAAGGGGAGGAGUGUUGGCCUAAUUCUCAUUAUUCUUGGUUAACAUUCUAGGAGCCAGAACCAGACUAAGUUAACAGGAUGGGCAACAAAGAUUAUAAUGGAAGUCUCAGAACUGUUCUGCUCCGUGCUGUCCCUUUCUGGGAAAAGAAGCAGACUAUACCAAUAUACAACAUGCAGAAAGAUGCAGGAUCCAUCUUCAGAUCCACAUUGUUGUGUGCAAAGCUCCUAGCUCCAUCUUACAUAAUUCAGUCUUUGAAACCCACUAAAAUACAGUGCUAGGAGGAAGUAGUUGAGAGGGAGAGAGAUGUUCCCAUAAUAUGUUUCCCUUCAAAUCACUACCAGCUACAGCUAUCCUUCUCAUUUCCAUAAAAUGGCAUGCUCAGAGAUGCUGGACUAGAAAACACGCAGUCUAUGGCUGAUUUAGUUUCAUGAGCAAAAUGCCCAUGGAAAUGUUAGGAGUUAAAGGUUCAGCUGGUUUCAUAAUAAGUUGCUCCAAGAGGGAUGAAAUUAAGAUUUACAGGCAAAAGCAAUAAAUGGGUUUGAAAUGGUGAAUAACAUUUUUGCCCAGCUCAGUUGUGUGCUUUCUUCAGUCUGUAAUUGGCAGGUUUUGAUGGGAAAUCCUUUCUAAAGUUGGGUUCUGCUGUGGCUGGAUACUUUUAAUUUCUAGUCUCUUUUUGAGGUUUGUCUUUGCCCCCUACUCUUUUAGAGUUGGUUUCAUUUGGGUAUGAAGUGUGUGUGUGUCUAUCUGUGUGUAUGUGGAUAUACACACACCCAUACACACAUACAAAUUCUGCACAUGGAAAAGAGCCCUAAAAUAGACUGUAUGAAAUCUGCUGUACUAAUGAGAAAUAAAAAAAAGAUUUCUUCCCUGAAGUGCAUUCUAAGAAUUGGGACCUCUUGAAAUAGCAUGAGGCUCCUAUGUAGAAUUGUAGUCUUGUAAGUCUCUUGCCUUUCUCCGACUGGUAAUUUAUAAACUUCCUUUUGAACUUGAA